UUCCGAACGCCAUUUUUCGGGCAACCGAGGCACGCAGCCCGAGAUCAAUAGUGUGGUUAUAAUUGUUUCGCGGAUACGCUCCAACUUUUAUAAGCCCGCUCCGGUUUUCGAUCCCCUUUUCCUUGUGGCAAUAAGAUCCCCCGUUCUAAGAUGUGCUACAGUGUUUCGCGACGCUCGGUGGCACCAUACGGAUGAAGAGCUGGCCCCUGGCUUGUGCUACGCGGUGCCGGAAGGGACAGAAUCAAACACAUCAAACUCCUCGUGCAUCGAGUGCAAAGAAGAAAACGAAGCGACCCGCCGUCAUUCCCACGCUACAAAGGGCUGAAGGAAAGGUCACAGCGGUCUGCACGGGUAAACACACAGCUUGACCAGGGUGGGGUAAAAAGGUAGAAUAACGCCGGUCCGGGGGACGCUUGUGGCAGCCGCCACAGGAACUUUAGCAUCGUGCCCCAUCGUGUGUACCGUUUCGAGGGGUAAAUAGGGGAAAAAGGCACGCGAAAAUGUCCAAGCGGCGUAUCGAGGUGAUGGACCCUUUCAUUAAGAAGCGAAGGGAGGAGAAGGCAGCGGCCGAAGGGGCGGCUGGCGCCAGCUCGUCCAAGCUCGAUGUGGCCGGCUCGUCCUCCAGCGGGCCCAGCUCCGCCUCGAAGGCGGCGGCGGCGGCAGCGGCCGCCGGUUCCGCCACCGAGUCGGGCGGCAAGAACCCGCUGAACGGUAUCGCCUACACGCAGAACUACUACAAGCUGUACAAAAAGCGCAUCACGCUGCCGGUGUUCGAGUACAAGACGGACUUUAUGCGGCUGCUGUCGGAGCACCAGUGCAUCGUGCUGGUCGGUGAGACCGGGUCGGGCAAAACCACCCAAAUACCUCAGUGGUGCGUGGAGUACGCGCUGCAGACGAGCUCGAAGGGGGUGGCGUGUACGCAGCCGCGCCGUGUCGCCGCCAUGUCCGUGGCCCAGCGCGUCUCGGAGGAGAUGGACGUGAUGCUCGGGCAGGAGGUGGGCUACAGCAUCCGUUUCGAGGACUGCUCCAGCCCGCGCACGCUGCUCAAGUACAUGACGGACGGUAUGCUGCUACGCGAGGGGAUGAGCGAUCCGAUGCUGGAAGCGUACCAGGUCAUCCUGCUCGACGAGGCGCACGAGCGGACGCUCGCGACCGAUCUGCUGAUGGGCGUGCUGAAGGAGGUGAUCCGGCAGCGCAAGGAUUUGAAGCUGGUGGUCAUGUCGGCCACCCUCGAUGCGGGCAAAUUCCAGCAGUACUUCGACAACGCGCCGCUCAUGAACGUCCCCGGCCGAACGCACCCGGUCGAGAUCUUCUACACGCCCGAGCCGGAGCGCGACUAUCUGGAGGCCGCGAUCCGCACCGUCAUACAGAUACACAUGUGCGAAGAGAUCGAGGGCGACAUACUGAUGUUCCUGACCGGGCAGGAAGAGAUCGAGGAGGCGUGCAAGCGGGUGAAGCGCGAAAUCGACAACCUCGGCCCGGACGUGGGCGAGCUGAAGUGCAUCCCGCUCUACUCGACGCUGCCGCCGCCGAUGCAGCAGAAGAUUUUCGAACCGGCACCGCCGAAACGGCCGAACGGUGCGAUCGGCCGCAAGGUGGUCAUCUCGACGAACAUUGCGGAAACGUCGCUCACGAUCGACGGGGUGGUGUUUGUGAUCGAUCCUGGGUUCAGCAAGCAGAAGGUGUACAAUCCGCGCAUCCGGGUGGAAAGUUUGCUCGUGUCACCGAUCAGCAAAGCGUCGGCCCAGCAGCGGGCCGGUCGGGCCGGGCGAACGCGCCCCGGCAAGUGUUUCCGCCUGUACACGGAGAAGGCGUACAAGACGGAGAUGCAGGACAACACGUAUCCGGAAAUUUUGCGUUCCAAUUUGGGCACGGUCGUGCUGCAGUUAAAGAAGCUUGGCAUCGAUGAUUUGGUUCACUUCGAUUUUAUGGAUCCGCCGGCGCCGGAAACGCUGAUGCGUGCGCUCGAGCUUCUCAACUAUCUGGCCGCCCUGGACGAUGACGGCAACCUGACCGAUCUCGGUGCGGUUAUGGCCGAGUUUCCACUGGAUCCGCAGCUAGCGAAAAUGCUAAUUGCCAGCUGUCAGCACAACUGCUCCAACGAAAUUCUUUCCAUCACCGCUAUGUUGUCGGUUCCACAGUGCUUCGUGCGACCAAACGAGAUGAAGAAAGCGGCCGAUGAUGCUAAGAUGCGCUUCGCGCACGUCGAUGGCGACCAUCUGACGCUGCUGAACGUGUACCAUGCGUUUAAGCAGAACAAUGAAGAUCAGGGCUGGUGCUAUGAUAACUUCAUCAACUACCGCUCCCUGAAGUCGGCCGACAAUGUGAGACAGCAGCUAGCGCGCAUUAUGGACCGCUUCCAGCUCCAGCGCACCAGCACGGACUUCACCUCGAGAGAGUACUAUUUUAACAUUCGCAAAGCAUUGGUACAGGGCUUCUUCAUGCAGGUCGCACAUUUGGAACGAACCAAGCACUAUCAGACGAUAAAGGACAACCAGGUGGUGCAACUGCAUCCGUCCACUUGUCUGGACCACAAACCGGAAUGGGUAAUUUACAACGAGUUUGUGCUGACGACGAAAAACUACAUCAGAACUGUCACGGAUGUAAAGCCGGAAUGGUUGCUGCAGAUUGCCCCACAGUACUACGACAUGAAUAACUUCCCGCUGUGUGAGGCGAAACGGCAGCUCGAGCUGAUACUGGCGCGCAUGGACUCGAAGCAGUUCCAGCAAGGAUUUUAAAUUGUAAUUAUGCUCAAACUCUGCUGCACCGCGCGCGCGUUUUAGCUAUCCCUCUUCGUCAUACCUUAAUACCGCGCGCGAGGUAGCGAAGAGAGGACGUUAACGGCAAGCGGCACCCACGUGUGAGAGGUGAGAGCAUUUCAAUCAAAGAAAAGUAUCAAUCUGCUUUUAAGUUUCUCCAGUUCUUUUUUGUGCGUCUCUGUCCCAUCAAAGCAUCAUCUCCAUACCCAUACCACAAACACAGAACGGUGCGAUUAUACAAAAAGUAGGCUUUUAGGGAAGUAACUUACCUUAAUUUCUUUGCUUUCGGGAUACUUUGCGCCCUGAGAAUACGCGGUAUGUGGCUAAAGUCAGAAAUAAAUAGAUAUGUACACACACAAA